ACACCGCUAGAACAAAUGUCGCCUGGCCAACUAGAACGAACCUUCGCAGAUUCUACGCAGAGGCCAGAAAUAAAUCCGGAGAUGUGUACAGCAAAUCUACACUACUUGGUUUUCGUCACGGCAUUGAAAGAUAUCUGAAUGUACCGACACUGAACAAAGGCCUAAAGCUCACUUCUGAUCCAAGACUUAAAAGGUCAAACGAAAUGCUGAAUGCGACAGUUGUCAGCUUGAAGCGUCAGGGAAAAGAAAAUGUAAAACACAAACCUGCGAUUGAAUACGAAGAUUUGCUGCGGCUAAAAUCCUCGCAAGUUCUCGCCUUGAGCAGCCCACUUUCUCUGCUCCGUAGCGUGUGGUUCCAUAUCGUCCUCUUCUUUUGCAGAAGAGGUCGACAGGGCCAGAGGACCCUGAAAACAACCAGCUUUAAGUUUGAAGUGGACCCAACUGGCCACAGCUUCGCGACGAUGGCGCAUGAUGAAGCUACCAAAAAUCAUCCUGGUGGAAUUGCCGACGUUUCAAGCACCGAAAAAUUGGCCCGAAUGUACGAAACAGACGACGUGAACGACGGCUACAAGGCCUUGAAAUUGUUCAUGUCCAAAUUAAACCAGAAGAGCGAGUCGUUUUUCCAAUAUCCAAGAAAGAACUAG